AUGGGUGAUCCUCCCCUUGCCCCCGUCGACUCCGCUCAUACGGUCCAACUCGAGCAACUAGAGCAGCUUCUGCUACAGACCAACUUCCAGCAUGGACUCGACGAUGCCGAAGCCUCUUCUCGCCUGGAGCAGCAUGGGCCUAACAAGGUUGAAGGAGCUAAAGGGCUAUCCCCGUGGAAGAUUUUCAUGAGGCAGAUUAGCAACAGCUUGACACUUGUCCUCGUUGCCGUCAUGGCCAUCUCCUUUGCCAUACACGAUUAUAUCGAAGCUGGCAUCAUUGCCUUUGUCAUCGGCCUCAACAUUGUCGUUGGCUUUUGGCAAGACUUCAAAGCUGAAAAGGCAAUUCAGUCACUCUUUGCACUCUCUGCACCAACUUGCAAGGUCAUCCGACAGGGACGAACCGUUGGCAUCAAGGCCGAAGAGCUGGUUCGAGGUGAUGUCGUUGUCCUUCAUGUGGGAGACAUUGUCCCAGCCGACCUCCGACUCAUUGGUGGCCUUAAUCUGACAACCGAUGAAGCCCACUUGACCGGAGAGUCGCUUCCCAUUAGCAAGCAUGCCGAGGCAAUCUUGGAUGAUCCGGAAGUCCCCCUAGGCGACAGGAUCAAUAUGUUGUAUUCGGCCAGCAAGAUCACCCGAGGCAGAGGCACUGCUGUAGUAGUCGCUACGGGUAUGUCGACCGAGGUUGGUAAGAUUGCAGAAAUGCUGAGAGCAAAUCCCUUUGCUGGACAAGACCUGUCCUUUGCUGCGCGGUUGCUCAGCAGAACAAAAGUCACAAUGAAGAGCAUCCUCGGUCUCGACGGCACCCCUCUCCAGGUCAAGCUUAGCAAGUUUGCUCUGCUACUCUUCGCACUCGCCGCUCUACUGGUCAUCAUUGUCUUUUCUGUCAGCAAGUUCGAGAUCAGCGACGAAGUGCUCAUCUACGGUAUCUGUGUCGGGGUCGCCGUCAUACCUGAAUCGCUCAUUGCUGUGCUCACCAUCAGCAUUGCCGUGGGAACAAAGGCAAUGGCGCGAGGCAACGUAAUCGUACGAAAGAUGUCAGCCCUGGAGGCUGUAGGUGGCGUGACCAAUAUCUGCACCGACAAGACCGGGACACUCACCCAAGGCAAGAUGAUCACUAGAAAGAUCUGGCUAUGCGAUGGUUCGAUGGCUACGGUAGAAGAAUGUAUGCACCCUCUCGACCCGAGCAGCGGAAGUGUCAGAUGGGGUCCGGACAGGGAAGACAAGGCGGAUCCUACCUCGGCCCUGCAGCUCUCCAAAGGAUCCCAAGCCUUCGUCGAGUGUAUCUCGCUCUGUAACAAUUCGGUUGUCAGCGACGGCAAGACUGGGCUCGGCGAUGACCUAGGAGAGACGUCCACGAUUUCAACUGUAGGCCCCUCGGACUGGACCGCGACUGGCGAACCGACCGAGGUUGCGCUGCACGUUUUUGCUAUGCGCUUCGGCCUUAGCAAGUCCACCAUUGUGCAGAACAAGACGUCCAACUUGGUUGCCGAAUUCCCCUUUGACUCAUCCUGCAAGCGGAUGACGGUUGUCUACAAGCAUUUGGGAUCCGACUUGGCGCAUGUCUAUAGCAAGGGCGCCCUCGAGGCCAUACUCCCACUGCUGGAUGCCACGGAUGACUUCAAAGCCGCCAUCACGGCAGAGGCCGAGUCCCUGGCUGCCGAGGGUCUGCGAGUCCUCUGCAUCGCUGAGAAAGUCACUGCCCUGAGCGACGAAAGUACCAAGAAUCGCGAAGCGGCCGAAAGUCACUUGAAUGCUUUGGGCCUGGCCGGCCUCUAUGACCCGCCACGCCUCGAAACGGCUGCCGCAGUGCAGAGAUGUAAGCGUGCAGGUAUCACUGUUCACAUGCUCACUGGCGACCACAUCAAGACGGCAACGGCAAUUGCCCACGAGGUUGGCAUUCUCGAGAGCGACCUCUGCCCUGCCCGCGUGGGCAGCGUGGUCAUGCAGGCCAACAUGUUUGAUGCUCUCGGCGAGGAGGAGAUUGACGGCCUCGAGCAGUUGCCCCUUGUUUUGGCUCGCUGCAGCCCUGCAACAAAAGUCCGAAUGGUUGAGGCGCUGCACCGCCGACGUGCAUUCUGUGUCAUGACUGGGGAUGGUGUCAACGACUCGCCCGCGCUCAAGAAGGCCGACGUCGGUAUUGCCAUGGGCAUGAACGGGAGUGACGUAGCCAAGGAGGCUGCCGACAUGGUUCUGACCGAUGACAACUUUGAGUCCAUUGUGACGGCAAUCAUGGAGGGCCGUCGUCUUUUUGACAAUAUUCAAAAGUUCCUGCUCCAUCUCCUCGUCUCCAACAUUGCCCAAGUUAUCCUAUUGCUCAUUGCCCUGUCCUUCAAGGACGGUGACGGGCACUCGGUGUUCCCGUUGUCUCCUCUCGAGAUUCUGUGGGCCAACCUAAUCACCUCAUCAGGACUCGCCAUUGGCCUCGGCCUCGAAGAGGCUCAGCCAGAUGUGAUGAGGCGACCACCGCACAGCCUGCGGGCUGGUGUCUUCACGUGGGAGCUGAUUAUAGACAAGAUGGUCUAUGGCUUCUUUAUGGGGUCUCUCUGCUUGGCUGCAUUCACGUCGACGACAUUUGGGCCUUUUGGCACCGACCCAGCCGUUCUCGGUCUCGACUGCAACUCGGCCUACAAUGAGUCGUGUGACGCCGUGUUUCGGGCGCGUGCCACGACAUUUGCGACGCUCGUCUUUCUCUUGCUCGUGACGGCGUUGGAGGUCAAGCAUUUUACACGUUCGCUCUUUGCCAUGAACCCUGAGCUCUACACGGGCCCCUUUGCAGUGUUCCAGACCAUCAUGAGGAACAGGGUCUUGUUCUGGGCUGUCUUUGGUGGCUUCCUGGCUGCUUUUCCAGUCAUUUAUAUACCCUACGUGAAUGAGAUUGGCUUCAAGCACAGUGGCAUCACUUGGGAGUGGGGUGUGGUUGUCGCUUGCUUCGCCGCCUAUGUUGCCUUGGUCGAGGCCUACAAGGCAGUAAAGCGGAGAUGGAUGAAACCUUAUGCAGCCCAUGACACCACAGCGUGA